AUGAUGUCAGCACGAUCCAUGAUGGCUCUGCGCUCUGCGCAACCUAGCAAGAUGAUCCUGGGACGAGGAUUCUUCACUACAUCAACACGUCUCAGCCUCAAGGAGUCAUCCAGCCAAACCGACGUCGAUUAUGAGAAGCACAAGCAGGACUCCCUGAACAAGCAGAAGCAGGGCAGCGGCCACUGGAAGCCCGAGCUCGCUUCUGACAGCGAGGAGGCCGUCAAGGCUGAUCGAUCCAAUACCGAUCCUGCCAAGGACAUCAAGAACCUCCAGGAGCGAACCAAGAAGGCUGCUGAGGAGACUCACAAGGCCGGCACUAGCACGCGCGAUAACAUGUAA